ACAGUGCUGAAAUCUUAACACUAAUCUGCAUAGCUUGUAGCUUCGUUCAGUAUAAUUUAAAAGUUAACUUUAUGUUUAUUUGUAGAGCUUUUUAUAUCAUAAAGUACUAGUGUGAAUGUUAUGUUUAUAAUUUAGAAAUCUUUUUUAUAUUGGAACAAAAUUUGUAAUUGUAAUUAUAAGUUAAAAGUUGUGUUUUAAUAAUAUUGUUUACAGUGAAAUAAGUUUUAACAUCCAUUUCUUCUGCUUAUCCAUCCUUUAAUCAGGUGAAAAAAUUGUCCACAAGAUGAUGUCAGUAGUGACUGUGGAGAAACCGAUCUCCAAAGUGGCGUUGCCGGACUGGCACGGUAAGGUGGCGGAGCUGCGCCAGACCUGCGAUUCUCGACGUGCUGAUGCCUUCAGCCUGCGUAAUGAAGCCCGACAGCUGCGUAAUGAGACAAACUGCAGAACACAGUGGGACACUUACCACAACAACGUAAGACUCUCUGACAGAAUCACCGAAGUGUCAAGAUGGCGGGAAUUGAUGAACAACUGUCUUGAGGCUGUGGAGAAGGAGAUUGCAGACUUAACGACUGAGAAGGAAAUAACAGAAUCGGAAAUCGAGAAUCUCAAUCUAAACUUCACGUUGGCAAAUGAGUGUCUCAGCAUGAGAGAUCAGCGGGGAGGCGCAGAUUUGUGUAGAGAUGAGGCGGAGACUGAGCUGAAACAUGAGUUGAGCACACUGGAGUCGUUGAAGAAGAUGCUGACAGACAAGGCACAAGCAGCAUGGGAGCAGAUGAAUAGACUGGAGGAGGUCCGAUUCCAGCUUAAGCAGGACUUGCAGGAUAAAGACGAGACAUUAGAAAUCUGUAGGAACAACCUUGGCAUGGACAAGAAUUGUGCAAACACCAGCUUCAAGCCUGACCCUCUUCGACUGCCUAAGAAGUUGAUUUCGUAUGAGUCAUGGGUGGAACACUGCAAGUACCUCAAGCUGCGUGCAGACAAUGAACUCGCAGCUGCACAGAAGCUGAGGGAGACAAUGUACGUGCCACGGGAACGUGCCAGGAACGAUCUCAAGGCGCAGAAUGAUGCAACCAACUUUGCCCUGCGUAAGAGAAUCUAUGAGACACAACGGAUCAAGAAUGAACUCGACUGGCAGAGAUUUAAUAUGAUCCCUGACAUGGACCGUCUCAUGAAGGAAAUCACUAACCUGGAAGCAGCACUGUUGGAGAAGACAAAUGCCCUGAAACUGGCUGAAACUAGAUGUGAAAACCGACUGUACCGGCCCGGCGCAGAGCUCUGCAGAGACGAACCAAUGCUGGGACUGGCUGAUGAGGUGUUACAGCUGCGCCGGACUAUGCGUGACCUUCAGGACAAACUUGACUCAGCAAAAGCUACUUACAACGGGUUGGAGGACCAGCUGAUGGUGAUUGACCGAGAACUCUACAACAAGAAUCAGGCUCUAACUACGGAUCUGCGCUGUCUGGACUUGCGUUCCCGCCUUAACACCGGAACUCGUGCCGACCCGGCCACACAGACUGAUCGAAAUAUUGUCCUCACACGCAUGCAGGACGAGAUACCUCCGGAGUAGCUUUCCACACAACAAUAAAUCGUGCUUAGUGUGGAGAAUGUAGCUUUUCUAGUCUGAAAUUUGUAGUCAUUUGUGUCGUCAUCUUUUGAGAAGUUUGAAAUUUGAAUAUGUGUGUUUUUGUAAUUUUAUACACAAUGUUCAGUAAAUUUAUAAAUUGACAGCAAAUA